GGGAAAGUGUUUUAGGGUUCUUGGGUUUUGAAAGUUUUAGGGCUCUUGAGUGAUGGAAAGAGCUAUGGACACUGCGCCGGCGCCCUACGAGGCGCCGCGGUCGUUCCAGCGCGUGGAGGCAAUGCAGCCGCUGCUGGACGAGGCCUUGGAUCCUAACAAGGAGCUGUGGCUGCUCCGGCUCCCCGAUCUAGAUCUCGAGGAGCUGUCGAAUACGAGCUGGAGAUUGAAGCUCGAGGCCGCCGAUGGCAAUAUGGGGCAUUUGGUAUGCAAUGGAGUGAAGUAUAGCUUUCAAAGACACGACAUUCAAGGGAGCAGCAAGUACGCCUAUGUUCCAACUCAAGACAAGAUCGAAGUGAGGCCAGUGCCGGUGGAAGUGAGCAUUGUGAGGAGCGUCGAGCCGACAAUUGCUCAUCCUGUUGCUGCCGAGAACGUGGAUGCUGCUCCAAAUCCCGCGGAAGAGAUCGCGUCUGUGGGUGCUGUAUCCGAUCAGGAAAGGAGCGGGAUCACCAGAGAAUCUAGCAAGCGCAGCAAAUCUUUGUCCAAGAAACGAUCACAAUCCGAAGGCGGCGAAUCGAGCAAGGGAAAGAGAAGCAAGCUCGACUUGUCCAAAUAGUCGCCCAAGAACCCUAAGUUUUGUGGGGCAGGAAAUUUUAGGGUUCUUCGAUUUCUCUCGCGCUUGGGCAAGAUGGUGAUGAUCAGGCUGUACCAGUAUGCUGGGCUCACGAUUGGCACAUACUUUGCGCUCACUUACUACAUCGCCCACAAAGAUUGGGUCAGGGAAUUGAAGUACACGAGGGAAGAACAGAUCGAGAAGGCGAGGCAGCUCCGGCAAGAGAAGAAGCGAAUGAGAGAGGAGCAAUUGAGGACUAAUCCCAUCUUGCGGGAAGAGCAAGAGAGGAGUGCCGAGGAGUGGAAAGUGAGAGUGGGCACAAUCCAUUAAAUCUUGUGGGCGAUGGAUCAUCGCGUUCCAGCGAAUAAGCUCUUGAGUCGUGUGAUGAGAGAAGUUUCUCGAUGGAAAGUUCUUCCCGGAAGAACUGUUCAUGGAAAUCGGACAAAGCAGUGUGAAUUUGUCAAGGAAAUUUGUUGUUACUUUCGUCA